AUGAAUACCAAUGACAUUAUAUAUUAGCAAUAACAAGAAUAAUUAGAAAGAUAACCAAAUUUUUUAGAAAAGUUAUGUUCAUGCAUAUAUUUUUUUCGUAAAAAAACCCAUAAAACUAAUGAAAAGUAUCAACUUGGAAUAGAUACUCCAAAAUCACAUGUAUAAUUGAAAAAUAUAAUUAUGAGAGUAGAAAAGUUUGUGUUCUAGAUCUAGAUGAAACAUUAGUCCAUAGUUAAUUUAAACCUGAUAAUGGUUAUGAUUUUUCAUUAGAUGUAAUAAUCCAUAAUAUAUUAGAUCAAAGUGUAAGGUUAAUUAUUUAAAGUUUAUGUAACAGUUAGACCUGGUGUAGAAAACUUUAUUGAUACUUUAAGUGAAUACUUUGAAAUUAUAAUGUGGACUGCAAGUUUAAAAGAAUAUGCAGAUCCAGUUAUGGACAUUAUAGAUCCAUCAAGAAGAGCAUUAAUAAGGUUAUAUAGAGAUAGUUGUACUCCAAUUUAAGGAGGAUUAACAAAAAAUUUAAAUAAAUUGGGUAGAAGUUUAAAAGAUGUUUUAAUUAUUGAUGUAAGAUCUUUUUUAACUCUUUUAGAAUUCUUAGAUGUCAUUUAUAUUUUAACCAGAGAAUGGAUUUUUGAUAAAAGAUUUCAUUACAGAUAAAAAUGAUAUAGAACUUGAUUCUCUAUUACCAUUUCUUAUUUGGUUAAGUUAGGUAUUUAAUAUUAUGAAAUAUUAAGUAAAAUGAUGUUCGUCCCGUCUCUUAAUUAUAUAAAUAAUAUGUUAUGAAUGAAUUGACAUAAAGGAAACAUUCAAAAAGACAGAUACUUUCUAAAUCUAUGAUUUUAAAUAAUCAGAGCAAUAAAAAAAAGUGUGAUAAUCAAAUAUAAAGAACUCAAACUGUUAAUCAUUGUGAUGUAGAGGAAAUUGAAUUAAGAGUUGAGGCAAAUCUUAAUUCACCUAAUAUAGAAAUGAAAUUGGAUGAUUAAACAGAUGAUGAAAGUCGUGAAACCUUUGAAAUUAGUAAUUCUUGA